AUGGACUCCUGCCGCAACCUCACCUACCUUCGGGACUCGGUGGGCCCGGCCACCAGCACCCUGAUGUUCGUGGCGGGCGUGGUGGGCAAUGGGCUGGCGCUGGGCAUCUUGGGGGCGCGGCGGCGGUCCCGGCCCUCCGCCUUCGCAGUGCUGGUCACCGGGCUGGCGGCCACCGACCUGCUGGGCACUUGCUUCCUGAGCCCGGCCGUGUUCACGGCCUACGCCUACAACAGCUCGCUGCUGGGCCUGGCCCGAGGCCGGCCCGCCCUGUGCGACGCCUUCGCCUUCGCCAUGACCUUCUUCGGCCUGGCCUCCACGCUCAUCCUCUUCGCCAUGGCCGUGGAGCGCUGCCUGGCGCUCAGCCACCCCUACCUCUAUGCCCAGCUGGACGCCCCCCGCCGUGCCCGCCUGGCCCUGCCGGCCAUCUACGCCUUCUGCGCCCUCUUCUGUUCGCUGCCACUGCUGGGCCUGGGCCAGCACCAGCAGUACUGCCCAGGCAGCUGGUGCUUCAUCAGCCUGCGCUCCAACAAGCUGGGCGGCUGUGCCUUCUCGCUGGCCUACGCCAGCCUCGUGGCCCUGCUGGUGGCCGCCAUCGUCCUCUGCAACGGCUCGGUCACCCUCAGCCUCUGCCGCAUGUACCGCCGCCAGAGGACCCACCAGGGUGUGGCCACCCCCGGCCCCCGGGCAGGCGAGGACGAGGUGGACCACCUGAUCCUGCUGGCCCUCAUGACGGGCAUCAUGGCUGUGUGCUCCCUGCCCCUCACGAUCCGUGGAUUCACCCAGGCCAUCGCCCCAGACGGCAACGAAAUGGAGGACCUCCUCGCCUUCCGUUUCAACGCCUUCAACCCCAUCCUGGACCCCUGGGUCUUCAUCCUCUUCCGCAAGGCUGUCUUCCAGCGGCUCCAGCGCUGGCUCUGCUGCCUGUGCCCCAGGCCUGGCCAUGGGGACUCCCAGACACCCCUCUCCAGGCCCGUCUCGGGGAGAAAGGACCCAGGGGUCCCCGCUGCUCUCAGGGGAAAGGAGGGGAGCUGGGUGCCUUUGUCAGCCUGGGGCGAGGCAAGGGGGGGCCCCUCGCCUCAGGCACCACAAUCAGGCAGCCCGGCAGGAGCCCCGUCCAAAGUGGGGUCUGCUUGCUCCCUCUGCUGAUGCCCCAGCCCUGUCUUCUGGGAGCGGGAGACAGAGAAUCCCUUGCUUUUCCCCAAGGCCGCGGGUGGAAGAGCAGGGAGGGACCCCCUGGAGCUGAUGCUGGACUGACUGUGAACCCUUCAACUCAGGAGUCGAUCAGCUGCUGUUUCCCCUCCUCUGGGGCAGCCUGGAGACAGACGCUGGGAAGAGAGGGGAGGGGGGAGAUGUGUACCGGAGCUUUUUAAAAAGGAACAGUUCUCUCAAAAUAACCAGUGGUCUGGCUGGCCCGGCCUGGCCCGCGCUCGCACAUCCAUCUCACAGUCUAAAUAUUUAGAAGGUGGGAAGUUCCCAGCAGCUUCUGUGAGCUCAGGCCUGCUGAGUUAGGGUUCCUGCUCCUGGUCUUCCCGGCUGCCCCCCACAUCCCUGGGGAAUCUACCAAUCUCCCUUUCUCUGUCCCCUCAAGCCCCUAGCCUCCCUCACUGCUGAUUUCCCGUCAGACUUGAGAGAGUCUUGGCCUCCAGGGGGUUGGGGGUAGGAGGAGGGAGGCCGUUGCAUUGUGGGGUGACACUGCUAGGCAGGUGCCUGGGCAAUGUGCCCGGCUUAGUGGUUGCAGGAUGUGGAU